AAACGCUGCCGUUAUAAGAACCCAAAAACCCUAAUUCUCUCCCCUUUGAGUCAGCCUCCAUUAUUUUUAUAUAUAUUUCCAUAUCUUAUCAGCACAUUACCUCGCCAAAACCAUAGCUCCACUCAUUGACUGCCGCUAUUUUCAACCAGAAUUGAAUAGGUUUUUGAUAAACUCUGGAAACGAUGUCGGACGAAGAGAGAGAGGAGAAGGAGCUAGAUCUCACCUCCUCUGAAGUUGUUACCAAAUACAAGGGCGCUGCUGAGAUUGUCAACAAGGCGUUGCAGCUAGUUUUGAAAGAAUGCAAGCCUAGAGCUAAGAUCCUUGACAUUUGCGAAAAGGGUGAUUCGUUUAUUAGAGAGCAAACAGGCAACAUGUACAAGAAUGCUAAGAAGAAGAUCGAGAAGGGUGUUGCUUUCCCUACUUGUCUCUCUGUGAACAACGUUGUCUGCCAUUUCUCUCCACUUGCUAGUGACACCUCGGAGUUGGAAGAAGGUGAUAUGGUGAAGAUUGAUAUGGGUUGCCACAUUGAUGGAUUUAUAGCUGCAGUUGCACACACUCAUGUUGUUAAUAAUGGACCAGUCUCUGGCAGGCAGGCUGAUGUAAUUACUGCUGCAAAUACUGCUGCUGAAGUUGCCUUGAGACUUGUCAGGCCAGGAAAGAAGAAUAAAGAUGUAACAGAAGCAAUUCAGAAGGUAGCUGCAGCUUAUGAUCGCAAAAUUGUUGAAGGUGUUCUUAGCCAUCAAUUGAAGCAGUUUGUGAUAGAUGGGAACAAAGUUGUACUAAGUGUCUCCAAUCCGGUACAAGAGUUGAUGAUGCAGAGUUCUGAGGAGAACGAGGUUUAUGCAGUAGAUAUAGUUGCAAGCACAGGUGAAGGCAAGCCAAAGCUGUUAGAUGAGAAGCAGACGUCUAUUUAUAAGAGAGCCGUUGAUAAGAAUUAUCAUCUAAAGAUGAAGACCUCCAGAUUUAUUUUCAGUGAGAUAAAUCAGAAAUUUCCCAUCCUGCCAUUCACUGCUCGGGCAUUGGAAGAGAAAAGAGCUCGACUAGGUUUAGUGGAAUGUGUGAAUCAUGAUCUCUUGCAGCCAUAUCCCGUUCUUCAUGAGAAGCCUGCUACGAUUUCAUAGCGAAAAUCUUGUUUAAUAAUACGAGGACUGAGGUGAUAUUACCUUGUUAAUGCCAUCAUAUAUCACAAUGAGUUUGAUAUGGUCACCAUGUUUAAUUGUGCAGGUGAUUAUGUUGCUCGAAUAAAGUUUACUGUGUUGCUAAUGCCUAACGGAUCAGAUCGGAUAACGUCCCAUCCUCUGCAGGAGCUGCAGCCUACCAAGGCAAUAGAUGAUCCUGAAAUCAAGGCAUGGCUAGCUUUGGGCACAAAGACAGAGAAAAAAGGUGGUGGGAAGAAGAAGAAAGG